UCUCGCCCGCGCCGACGCCUCUGGCUUUUCCGGCCAUACGCCGGCCCUACGCCGGCCCAGAGUCGCUCGCGUGGCCUCGGUGCUAUUGCGUUUGGCAAGCCACGAGCUCCUAACGGGCUCAGCCUCACGGCCAGCCUGGGAAUAUCACGUCCAGAAUACGGGCAUCGUUCGCCUGGAAGCUGCACGACUCGAAUAGCCCGCGUCUCGCUCUCGGUUGUCACGUACCGGCCUCUCAGGGCUGAGCUGAAGGGGUAGUCGAACGCUACCCGAACCACCUGGCCCGCAAUCGAUAGCCCUGAUCUCCCUGUCUAGACCCUUCUUACCUCCACCCUUCCGCCGUUCAGAUGCUGUAGAGUUCUGCAUCUGUUGCUUUGCCAAGUACUUUUGGCGGCCUCCCGCCCGUUUCUGUCACUUCUUCACACUCGUUCAUCUUGUCCUUCUUUGCGUGCUCUUUGCCGUUAUGGCACCCACGAUCGUUACAUCGGCACUUGCUGCCUUAUUAUUAAUAUGCAGUGCCUCAUUUACGAGCGCUACUGUUCACCACCACCACCACUACGAGAAGCGUGCUUUGACGCCUCCGGCAGCCCCAGCCACCAAUUGGACCUACCUAGGAUGCUACACUGAUAGCGUAGGUGCCCGAGGCCUCACCAGCGCAGGCUACAACAGCGGCGAUUCCAUGACCAACGAGGCCUGCGUGUCGUAUUGCGCAGGCAAAAACUACAUCUAUGCCGGAACCGAGUACGCUGGAGAAUGCUACUGUGGAAACAAGAUCCAAACCACCAGCACCCUUGACGAUGACAGCACAUGUAACAUGGCCUGCAAUGGCGAUGCUACUGAGCCGUGCGGUGGUUCCAACCGAUUGACUGUCUAUUCAACCCCACCACCCGCUCAGGACCCUGGUCCAUUCAUCAACCCCGGUGUCGAUGGUUACCAUUAUCAGGGCUGCUACAGGUAGGCACGAUGCUUCCGUUUUCCCGUUCCAGAUCCUCGAUACGAGAUCUUAAAACCCUGCUUGCUUCAAUUUCCGGGACCUGAGUCCUGUACGUGGCCGUUGCAACGCAUCGUGGUUGCUACUCGGAAGUAACCAUACGACACUUCCGUCACCAACCAUCAUACCUGACAGGGAU